GAGCAGGGUGCCACAAUCAGACACCCGUGUCCAUGUGUAAUUGCUCUUCUAUUUUGGAAACUGAACCAUUUCUCACAUUGAACUUUGGUCCUGGAUUUCAUCUGUUUUUGGUUUCUUUGGGGUUUUUUUAAGUGGGCCCAUCUGUAUUCUUAGUGAUUGUUAUCAACAGUGAGUCUUUAAUUCAGACAUGGAGGACCCUGAUAUGCGACAACAGAAGCUGGACAAUCAGCGAACCCUUUUGAUGAAAAAACAGCAAAAGAAGAGGGCUGAUACUCAGAUGGUGGUGGCCAAUCGGGAUGUUCGCCAAAAGAACCGAAAGCACAAAGCCACUCACUCUGAUGAAACACCUCUGUUGAUCAGCCAAUCCCUGAGCAGCACUUCCCUGACUGAUCAAGUUGAACAUGCCCAUGAUAACCCACUGGAUGAAAUCACAUUAGGUGAAUGCAAUAUGACAGCAAGCGCGACGUUAGAUGAGAUGCCUUCAGAGAAUCCCGUUACUCCAAAGACGAUGAACUUGGAGGUUGACAAAGAGCCCGAGGUGAAGUGUGAAGUGGAAAAUGAUGCUCAGGUGGAGGGGAAAAAGCCAAAGAAGAAAGAAGGGAAAAAAGAGAAAGCCAAACAGGCGGAGCAGAAUGAUGAAAAGGAGAAAGACAAGGAGAAAAAGGAGAAAAAAACAAAGAAGAAAGACAAAGCGAAAGAAUCUGAAGACCCACAAAAGACAAACAAGACCACCAAACAAGAGCGUAAAAAGAAACACUUGCAGGAGGCUUCAACCCAGGAAACAGAGUCAGUGGUGGAAGAAGCAAGUCCAAAGAAGAAUAAAUGUGAUGAAAGUGAUGAUGAAGAGGAUGACGUGUCCCAGAAGCCUGUCCCUCAGACACCUAAGAGGAAAAAACAACUGGACACAUCCAGGUGCCAAAUAAGUGAGGAGAGCAAAGACGAGGACGUCCAGGAAAAGGAGAAAAAAGAAAAAAAGACAAAGAAAUCAGAGAAAACUACGCCGAGUCUCGCUUCCCUCAACUCCAACUACAGGGAGUGUUCAUCCUCAGGCAGUGAAUCCAAUGAAAGACCAACAUCUCCAUUGUCAGUGGAGGACCUUGAGAAGUUUGCUGUGCGUCCAGCCCCCAGAGAUGUGACAAUCCAGUGUAGGGUCACCAGGGACAGGAGAGGCAUGGAGAAGGGCAUCUAUCCGACUUACUACCUCCACAUGGAGAAGGAGGAUGGCAAAAGGGUGUUUCUAAUGGCAGGAAGAAAAAGGAAGAAGUGCAAAACAUCCAACUAUCUCAUCUCCACUGACCCGACAAACCUGUCCAGAGAUACAAACUGCUACAUAGGAAAACUAAGGUCCAAUGUUCUUGGUACAAAGUUCACAGUCUAUGAUGGAGGUGAGAACCCUGAGAAAAAGCCCUUCGUCAAAGAGUGUGAAUCAGUGCGGCAAGAGCUGGCAGCAAUUUGCUAUGAGACCAAUGUGCUGGGAUUUAAGGGUCCCAGGAAAAUGACAGUAGUCAUCCCAGGCAUGUUGGAGAACGAUGAAAGAGUGUCCAUUCGUCCAAAAAAUGAACUUGAGACUCUACUGAUCCGCCAUGCAAACAACAAUACAGACAAACUGGUCACACUGGUGAACAAAUCCCCGAGCUGGAAUGAACAGACUCAGUCAUAUGUGCUUAACUUCCACGGACGUGUCACCCAAGCCUCCGUCAAGAACUUCCAGAUCAUCCACCCUGACAACGAGGAUUACAUAGUGAUGCAGUUUGGCCGUGUAGCAGAGGACGUCUUCUCCAUGGAUUAUAGUUUCCCCAUGUGUGCCCUGCAAGCCUUUGCCAUCACCCUUUCGUCCUUCGAUGGUAAACUGGCUUGUGAGUGACCCAUGCUGGUAUGCCUCAAGUGCUCAGAAACUUACAGAUUAAAGCUACAGUUCAUAACUUUCAUGAAAAUAAGUGUCAUAUUUGUUGAAUCUGAGUUCAAGUAUCUCGGGGUCUUGAUCAGGAGUGAGGGUAGAAUAGAGUGUGAGAUGAAUCGAUGAUUUGGCAAGGCCUCUGCAGUGCUGCGGGCGCUGUGCUGGACUGUUGUGGCGAAGAGAAAGCUGAGCCAGAAGGCAAAGCUUUCGAUUUACUGGUCCAUGUAUGUCCCAACCCUCACCUAUGGUCA